AUGUGGACAAAUCUGAUUGGCACUGCCAACAUUCUGGCAGGGGUCCACGGAAUUGCUGCAAUAGUUACCAGACGUUCCCUCCCUCCCACGUCUGCUCGCGAGACUAGAAUCUCUUGUGCCUGCCGAGCCUGUUUCCAUGACGAUAUGACCAGUGAUGGUCAUAUGCCAGACUGCCCUCUAUUGACUCAGACCAACAAUCACAAUAUUCAGUUUCCUGUGCAGACUCCUAGUAUCUACACUGAGAAUGAGCAGGUGGGCAAGUAUGAGAUCAUGGAUGGUGCUCCAGUGAGGGGGGAGUCCAUCCCCAUCCGUCUGUUCCUGGCAGGCUAUGACCUCACUCCCACUAUGAGGGACAUUAACAAGAAGUUCAGUGUCCGCUACUACUUCAACCUCGUGUUGGUGGAUGAGGACGAGAGGAGAUACUUCAAACAGCAGGAGAUUGUGCUGUGGAGGAAGGAAAAGCCGUGGAAAAGUGUUACCAAGUAUUAGCUCACUGGCUCUAAUUGGACUGCACUAUGUGUGUGUGUGUGUGACCAUACUAUCUAUGGUGUGAUGUGUUCGUUGUACUGAAUACAAUUAUGCGGGGGCGUUGUGUGUAAAUGGUGUACCCCUGCAAUGUGGGGGCGGGGCUGGUAUACAAGAUGGCUACAAGAUAUGACUCCACUCCACUAACUGUGUUGUGUGUGUUGUGUGCAUAGAUUAUCUAUGGUGUUAGCCUCGAUCCCAGCCCCUCU